UCAGACGGCGUCAUGGAACCCCCGGGGCCGCAGCUGCUAAGUUUGGAGGCGCCGGGACCUGCGCCUUUUGAAGACCCCCCGCCUGCCGAGGAGCCGCCCGCCCCGGGAGUCCUCUGCACCGAGGGUGGCGGGGACGGCGGCGGCACGUCGGCGGCCCCGAGCUCCGACGCCGAGGGCCCGUCCCCGCAGGAAGAGACUGCCCCCUGGGAGCAGGAGGAGCUGCUGGAAAGCCGUCGCCGCCGCCGCUGCGGCGUGCGCUCCUUCUCUCUGCCCGCCGACCCGAUCCUGCAGGCGGCCAAGUUCCUGCAGCGGCGGCGGCCGCCUGCCCCGGGGCUGGGCACGGAGGGCGGCGAGAGGGCCGAGGACGCGCCGCACAGCCCGGGCUGCUGCGCCAAGUGCCAGAAGCGGGUGCAGUUCGCGGACGCGCUGGGGCUGAGCCUGGCCAGCGUGAAGCACUUCAGCGUGGCCGAGGAGCCGCAGGUACCGCCCGCCGUGCUCUCUCGCCUGCGCAGCCUCCCGGCGCGCGCCGAGGACCUGGAGCAGCUCCCGGGCGUGCUGGCCGCGGCGGCGGCGGCCGCGCCCCUCCGCGAACAGCCUCCCCGACUGCAGCCUCUCUUCGAGCUCCCCGGGCCGAGCGCCGCAGACGAGCGCCUGCGGCGACAGCGCGUGUGCCUAGAGCGCGUGCAGUGCUCGGCACCCUGGGGCGCGGAGGUGACCGGCUCCGGCCGGGUGCUGGGCUGCCCGGGGCCGCGCGUCGUGGCCGUGCGCUACACCUUCACCGAGUGGCGCUCCUUCCUGGACGUGCCGGCUGAGCUGCGGCCCGAGCCAGGAAAGCCUCCGCCGCCAGAAGCGCCGUCGUGGGGGCCGGGGGAGGCCGAGGAGGAGCCGAGCGCCGAGCGCUUCCACUUCGCGCUGUGCCUGCCCCCGGGCCUGCAGCUCAAGGAGGGGGAGGACGCGGACGCUCCGGACGUCGCCGUCCACUUCGCCGUCUGCUACCGCUGCGCCCAGGGCGAGUACUGGGACAACAACUCGGGGGCCAACUACACGCUGCGCUACGUGCGCCCUGCCGACGCGCGCUGAGUCCGCAGUCCUCGGCACCGCAGCGCUCGCAGGGACGCGGGAAGGGGCCGACGGCGCGCGGAGCCCAGGCAGCCGCGACGCUUUGCGGAGCGUCAUCCUCCUGGAGAGAAGAAGCCGCUCCCCGCAAGCUCGCGCCCCAGACAGAACCCGCCAGCAAGCACGGAGCCCUACCCGGCGAAGCGCCCUACCGUCCCGGCCUCUUCCCGUCUCUUUGGCUUCUGGAGUUCUCGCCGCGCGUCGAAUGGGAAGAAAUCCUCAAGAUUCCGAGCAGUGGCUUUCUCCACGAAAAAGACUCCUGACUCCUGAGCGAGGCUGCAAACCCUUGGGAUUUGUCUUUAACUGUGGACGUCCCCUCGGGUCUCAGGGAGCGGUCGAAGCAUCCCGCCGCCUCGCGCCGAGGGACGGCGUGAACUGCGGGCCCGCGGGAGCCCGCGGCCUGUUUCUCGAGAAAACCAGGUGGGGCCUUGGCCGGGCAGUCCUUUUCUCUUACCUGGGAUCUGGGAAAUGUUUGCUGACUCGUGCGCUUGCGUACAAAUGUCCUUUUGAAAAGUAAAGGUCACGUGCACGUCUGUUACUUGAUAUUUCAGCUCCCGGAAGUUUGGGAGACCUUGGCAGUCGGGCCGUCUUCUUCAGCGGAUGAUGCUACACUUUAAAGUGGUCAAACAACAAUAUUUUCAAAUUUCCUUUCUUUCAUCCCUCCUGUCUGCUGUGGAAAGGCCCAGAUUUCCCAUAAUGGGCUAGAGUGUUCUUAAAAGUGUUUUGUAGAAGUCGUUCUUUCCCCGGGCAAAUUAAGAUGCUUGGUGAGUUUGAAAUGCCGGCGUAAUCGGCAGGCCUUGGCGGUGAGCCGUCAGAGCCGGUCUUUGGCCUCCAGCCGCGAUGUGUAGGCAAAGCACAUCGUAGCUGCUAGACUCCUGGGCCAUUAGCAGUCAGAGACGCCGGACUCUCGGUGGCUGGACUCCAAGCCGGGGAGAUGAGGGAUGGAAAGGUGGCUUUCUGUCCCUCCUGGAGCCACAGCAGGGAGCAGUGGCUUGAAUGAUGAAGCAUGCCCAGCAAGAAAAUCCUGCCCCGAAUCCGGUGGGCACCAGCCUGGCUGGCCUCCUUCAUUCACUGCUGAUGGCUGUGGAUGCCAAGAUCAGGGCUGGUGAGCCUCCUGAGGACUGGAUUUCUUCAUACCUUGGUCCUGCCUUGGUAACUUGUCUGUCUUCUGUUUUCAUACGUUCGAGCACAUGGCUAGUACAAUCAGCCCAUGGGCCACACCAGCCUUAAUCCUGUGCUUGUAGGGCCUGAGAGCUAAGAAUGUUUUUUACAUUUUUUAAAGAUUUGGAAAAAUUCAAAAGAAGAAUACUAUUUUUGUGACACAUGAGAAUUGUAUGAAAUUCAAAUUUCAGUGUCCAUAAAUAAAGUUUUAUAGGAACACAGCCAUGCACAUUCAUUCACAUACUAUCCAUGAUUGCUUUCCUGCUACAAGAGUAGAGUUGAGCAGACGCAACAGAGACCAUAUGGCAAAGUCUACAAUAUUUACUAUCUGGCUCUUCAUAGAAAGUCUGCCAACCCCUGCUCUAGAGAAGUAGUAUUUUUUUAAAACUAUAUGUUGAGAGUCAUACUUAAUAAAUCAGUUAAACUUUUAGUAAAAUUUGUCACUUGAAGUAAACCUCCUUUCAGUAAAGGUAAAACUGGUUACAUUACUCUCAGGAAUCUUGGUUGGUUACAGUAAACACUAAGACACCAAAUGUACAGUUAUUACUGUACUGGGGAGGGGAAUCUACCUGCUUCUUACUUCUAAGAAAUAACAGAAAGUCAAGGUAGCUAAAAUAUAGCACCAUCUGAAUUCACAUCAGGCUACAGAAAACUGCCAGGUAUGUCGAUGCUUCAAAAUGGGAUGUGUCUCAAGCUAUAGGAAUAUGUAGAUUGAAUUCCGGUUUGUAGACAUCCUUUUUGACUACAGCAGUGUUUGCCAGGGGUAACUGAUCAUGGGAAAAAAAUUUAAGUACUAAUUUCUUAGUGGAAAGCCAUCAAGUUAAUGAAUUACAAUUUACUCUUGGAGUAAAGCGGACUAAACAAUGGUCACGUGGAUGAAACAAUACCUAAUUCACAUGUGCUUAUAAAAAUCAAUAAGCAUUUAUUAGAAUUACAUAAUUUUUCUGCUACUAAAUACAAACGCAAUCAAGCCUUUUCAUUCUGUGUCUGGUAUGGGGUCUGGUAUAUCACUUCCUUUUUAAAAGCACAUUGUUGCAUAAUAAAAACACCUAAAUACA